AUGCCUCCCACCCACCUCCACACUCUCACCAAGCAAUGGGGCUACCACGCCGUCAAGGGGUACGAGCUCAACAACAACACCUGGGGCCUCAAGCACGCCACCUCGGGCGGCCAACGAACACACUACGACGGGCCCGGCCCGGAGGGUCGCGGCAUCGCCUGGAGUUCUGACUGGGAGUGGCAGGGCGGCGAGCAUCAAGUGAAGAGUUACGUCUACGGCGCGCGGCAGUUCGACCGUCCGCUCCUCCAGGAUAUCGCGUCGAUGCCCGUUGAUGUUGCGUGGCGGUAUGACACUGAUCAUAUCCGGGCGAAUGUCGCAUUUGACUUCUUCACGGAUCCGGAUAAGAAGCAUGCGAAUAGCAGUGGAGAGUACGAGGUGAUGAUUUGGCUCGCCUGCUAUGGAGGAGUCUGGCCCAUCAGUGAAGCCAAGCGACCCAUUGCCAGAGUCAACAUUGCCGGGUACGACUGGGAUCUCCAUUUCGGCUACAACCACGGCGGCAAGAUGAAGGUAUUCAGCUUCAUCCCCGCGGGACCUAAUAUCCACCACUUCGAGGCCGACAUGAAGGAAUUCUUCGAUUACCUUGUCUUCCACCAGGGCUUCCCGGACAGGGACCAGCAUCUCUUGAUCUACCAGUUUGGCACCGAGGUCUUCACAGGAGGACCGGCCUUCUUUGAGGUCCCCAAAUUCAUUGCCGAAGUCAAUACCUGCGGUUAG